AAGCAAACAUAUCUUUAUUCUCACGCAGAGUGAACCGAAAAGCAUAAGCGCGCGACCAUUACAGAGAGAGCUUUGCUUCUCAGUCCCUGAGAGUAAUUCAAGAGCAGAGACCAGCGAUCAGAAGAGAACCUCCAAAGUUCUAGGGGGCUUUGUUGAAGUUUUUGUAGCAUCCAUCUAGUACAAGAAGAUUGAGCAUCGGAAUUAUCAUGGUUUUCUGUUGUUGGUAAUCAGAAAUUGAGAUGUAUAAUCAGCCAAGUUAUAGUAGUCAGUCUGGGCAAACUCCUCCUAUGCCCGUUCCACCACCAUUCCAACAGCUUCCUCCUUCUCGGGCACCUCCUCCUCCUCAUCGUCAUCAUCAGUUACAGCAUGGUCCUCUGCCACAUUCCGUAAAUCAACAGCUCCUCCUCCAGUCCCUUCUCAUGUUGGUCAGCCGGGCCCUUCUCCAUAUCGCUAUGGUCCAUCCCCACUACCUACGUUUCCUCGGGUUCCAUCCAGUGGAAUGUCAAAUGCCGGUCAAUCUUGUUUCCGCUACCCUCCACCAUUUCAUGGAGGAACCCCAUUGUACCCGACAACUCAACAGAACUCCCCACAUCCUACUCAUUUUGGGAACCAAAAUGUUUAUCCUGUUCAACAACCAGUAGCUCCUGCCUAUGGUCCACCACCACCUCCUAGAAUGUUACCUCAUUCCUCACAAGAUCAAUCCUCAUACAGAGCUCCAGUACUUCAGUCACCACAGGUGCACAAUGGUGUGCAGGGUUCUCAGCAUAUCCUACUGGCUCCUCCUCCCCCUCCUGCUUCUAGUUUAUCUACUUCUGCUCCUUUAAUUCCUUCAACUGGUGGAAACUCUCGCAUGCCUUCCACAGCCCUGCCACCACAGCCACCUCCACCCUCUUCUUCACCACCGCUUCCACCUCCUCCUCCACCCCCUACCUCUCCCUUUCUCUCUUCUAUGGCCAUCCAUGCUACUCCUAACCUACCCCCUCGUUCUGACUCUAAUCCUGAUUCAAGUAAACUUUCAGGAUGUGGACUAAAGACGUCAAGUUCUAUUGACGAAAAUUCAGCUUGCAGCGAUGGGAGAGAUAAAUUACCUGAGCAAAGUGGCUCUCAAGCUGGUUAUCUAGCAGGAAAGGGCUCUUUGUCCAAGGGCAAUAUGAUUUUAGAUCUUCCUCCAACUCCACCUAAGCCACGAGAAGAAAAACUUGUUCAGAGAACUGAGGCUUUAUGCCAGUCUAUUGCCAAGAAUGGUUCUGAUUUUGAAGAUAUGGCUCUUCUAAAGAAAUCUGGGAAUUCACAAUUUGAAUUUAUGUUAGGUGGUGAGCCAGGAAGUGAAGCUGCUAUUGCUCAUGAUUAUUUUCUUUGGAUGAAGAAGAAAUGUAAUUUGACUAUGUUAGAUGAAGGGAACUGUGACUCGUCUUCUAAGGCUUUUGCGGUUGAUGAUAAAAAAAUGAUGGUUGUGGUUGGAUCUCAUUCACCUGCUGAUUCUGACAUGGAGAUGGAAGAUGAUAUCACCCACCCAGACACUGUCCAGGUGGUGAAGAACUCAUUUGAAAGUCAAAACUUUGAGUUAGAUUCAGUCUGCAUCAAUUCAAAUGAAAAAGAAUGUGCACCGCAUAGUUCUGGAGAAUGCAAGCCAGUGGAAGCUGUAUCUGCAAAAAUAUCUCUCUCUGUUUUCCCAGGACCAGGUUCUUCUGGGGCUCCUGAAUGUUCUCCAGCCGGCGAAGCUGUGAAGUCAACCUCUUUCAGAGCUGAUAAUAGAAGUCCUCCGUCUUUAGCAGCUGCUGAAGGCAUUGGGCAUUCUCCUCAACAUAUAAAUGAUGGAAGUCCAUUUAGACUUCUGCAAGGGUAUGCAUCCGAUGACAGCACAGGAAGUGAAGAUGAGCCCCGCCUUGAAGAUUUUAAAACAGUAUCAUCGGCAGUUUCAGUUGAUGCUACAAAUUUGCUUAUAGACUCUGAGUGUAAUCUGAGGACAUAUAUUGGGUUGGAGAGUCCUGGUAAGACUGAAAAGCAGUUUGGACUGCCAUCUGGAUUAGCCAUAUCUAGUAAAGCUCCAGAAAUUUCUGCAGGUUCACAAGGAGAAUUUGGAAUAACUACCAGAAAAACAAAUGCUAGAGGAGCAAUUGAUGAACAUGACGAGACUAUGCUUGAAAAUGAAGCAUUGAUCAACUGUGUCACUAUUUGUGAGGAUAUCCAGAACAAGAUGUCCGUGGAGGCGCAUGUGCUGUUGGCACUUCUAGUGGAAAGUUCCAUAAUGAAAAUAAGGAUGAAAGUGCAAAGUCCACCCCAACUCUUCCAAAAGUAG